CCGAAGGAGGAGCUGUCAAAGUUUCAGCGCUAAGGAAAGCAAAAGUACAAUUUCAGACGCUAGCUACAUUAGGCUACAUAGUUUACCCUUUUGACAACUGUAGACUAGUGAAAACAGCUUGGGUUCACCACAGGAACUUGGUCAGCACUAUUAUGGAAUAAAACUCUUUCUGGCUGGAUAGAAAGGAUGAAAAUCGUAGGAAAAACCAUGGCAAUACUGACCGAACCUGGAAUCCUCUUUGCAUGCUUGCUGACCCUGGGCUACUGUGCUUUGUCGGAAAAGAAAGUGUGCCAAGGAAUCAACAAUCGGCUGACACUCCUGGAGUCACGAGACGACCACUACAGGAACCUUGUGAAAGUCUACAGCAACUGCACAGUGGUUCUGGAGAACUUGGAAAUCACCUACACUGCGCCUCACCAUGACCUGUCCUUCCUCAAGAACAUCCAGGAGGUGGGGGGCUAUGUGCUGAUUGCCCUCAAUAUGGUGGAGACCAUCCCCCUGGACAAUCUGCGCAUCAUCCGAGGCCAUGCCCUCUAUGACAACGAGUACGCCCUUGCCGUCCUGUCCAACUAUGACAGCGACAGUCCUUCCAGGAAUGUGAAUGUGACUAAGGGGGUCAGAUACCUGCGACUGAAGAGCAUGACAGAAAUCCUUAGAGGAGGUGUGAAAUUUUUAAACAACCAUUUCCUGUGCAAUGUGGAGACUAUACAGUGGUUUGACAUUGUGGAUAAGAACACUAAGAGCUCUAUGGUCUAUCCACCAUCCAUUCCUGGAAAGCACUGUAUGAAAUGUGACCAAAGUUGUUUCAACGGAUCCUGUUGGGCUCCAGGCCCAGAAAACUGCCAAACCUUGACCAAGCUGAACUGUGCUGAUCAGUGCUCCCGAAGGUGCAAGGGGCUCCACCCUGUCGAUUGCUGCAACGAUCACUGCGCUGGGGGCUGCACUGGACCCCGCCCAACUGACUGCCUGGCAUGCCGCGCCUUCCAGGACGAGGGGACAUGUAAGGACGCCUGUCCCAGCCUCAUGCUGUACGACUCCAGCAAACACCAGCUGGCCCCCAACCCAGAUGGGAAGUAUAGCUUUGGGGCCACCUGCGUCAAAAAUUGCCCACAUAACUAUGUGGUGACAGACCAUGGAGCGUGCGUUAGGACCUGCAGUGCAGACACCUACGAGUUAGACGAGAACGGGGUCAGAAAGUGCAAGAGUUGUCAGGGGCCUUGCCCAAAAGUUUGCAAUGGACUAGGAAUGGGAGAACUUACACAUGUCCUGUCAGUCAAUGCCUCUAAUAUUGACUCCUUCAAGAACUGCACCAAAAUCAGUGGGCAUUUGUCUAUCUUCAGCAUGGCGUUUAAAGGUGACAAACACACAAAGACCCCUCCAAUGGAUCCUUCCAAGUUGGAUGUUUUCAAAACGGUUAAGGAAAUUUCUGGGUAUCUGCUGAUUCAGGAUUGGCCGGAAAACCUGUCAUCCCUCAGUCCCUUUGAAAACCUGGAUAUCAUCCGUGGAAGAACAAAGUGGUACAGACCAAAAGGGGGUAGUGUGACCUUGGCAGUACAGAACAUUCUCAUCAGCCACCUGGGCCUGCACUCCUUGAAGGAGAUCAGCGACGGGGACGUGGUCAUCAAGGCCAACCGCAACCUGUGCUACUCCAACCGGAAGCACUGGAAGAAGCUUUUUAAAUCCAAGGAGCAGCGCGCAGAGGUGGAGAAUAACAAGAAAAAUGAUGUCUGUGUCGCCCAGAACCACACCUGCAAUGAAAUGUGCACAGGGGACGGCUGCUGGGGUCCGGGCCCCACAAUGUGCUUUUCCUGCCUGCACUUCAAGCGUAAGGGAGACUGCGUGGGCUCCUGUAAUUUGCUGGAGGGUGAGCCACGGGAGUUUGAAGUGAAUAAGACGUGUGUUGAAUGUGACUCAGAAUGCCUUCGCCAGAAUGGAACCCAAGCCUGCCAUGGACCAAGUCCUGGUGAGUGUGUGGAGUGUGCACACUUCAAAGAUGGCAACUACUGCAUCUCCAGGUGCCCUCAAGGCAUCCCCGGGGGGGGCAACACUCUUAUCUGGAAGUACGCCGACCACAUGAAGGUGUGCCAGCCAUGCCACAAUAACUGCACCAAAGGAUGCACUGGCCCUGGUCUGCAUGGUUGUGAAACUGAAGGGAACACGUUGAUCCCGGCGGCCGUGGUGGGUGGCCUGCUGGCCUUGGUCAUUCUGACCCUGGCCAUCGUGGUGCUAAUGCGGAGACGCCACAUCAAGAGGAAGAGGACCCUGCGCAGGCUGCUGCAGGAGAGAGAGUUAGUUCAGCCCCUUACCCCAAGCGGGGAGGCUCCCAACCAGGCUCUUCUCCGUAUACUGAAGGAGACCGAGUUCAAGAAGAUCAAAGUCCUGGGAUCCGGUGCCUUCGGCACUGUCUAUAAGGGUUUAUGGGUUCCAGAAGGGGAGGAUGUGAAGAUUCCUGUGGCGAUCAAGGUUUUGAGAGAGGCCACAUCUCCUAAAGCCAACAAGGAAAUUUUGGAUGAGGCCUACGUGAUGGCCAGCGUAGAGCACCCGCACGUGUGUCGUCUCCUGGGCAUCUGCCUGACCUCCACGGUCCAGCUCAUUACCCAGCUCAUGCCCCACGGCUGCCUGCUGGACUACGUCAAGGAGAACAAGGACAACAUCGGCUCCCAGUACCUGCUAAACUGGUGUGUGCAGAUCGCCAAGGGAAUGAACUACCUUGAGGAGCGCCACUUAGUUCAUCGUGACUUGGCAGCUAGGAAUGUGCUGGUCAAGACCCCCCAGCACGUCAAGAUCACAGACUUUGGGUUGGCAAAGCUCCUCAACGCUGACGAGAAGGAGUACCACGCUGAUGGAGGGAAGGUGCCGAUCAAAUGGAUGGCCCUGGAGUCAAUCCUGCAUCGGACGUACACUCACCAGAGCGAUGUGUGGAGUUACGGCGUAACGGUAUGGGAACUGAUGACAUUUGGGACAAAGCCGUACGAUGGUAUCCCGGCCAGCGAGAUCGCAGGGGUCCUGGAGAAGGGGGAGAGGCUGCCUCAGCCACCGAUCUGCACCAUCGACGUCUAUAUGAUCAUGGUCAAAUGUUGGAUGAUUGACGCAGAUAGCAGGCCACGUUUCCGGGAGCUUGUCGCUGAAUUCACCAAGAUGGCCCGAGAUCCACCACGCUACCUUGUCAUUCAGGGUGAUGAGAGGAUGCACCUUCCCAGCCCUACGGACUCCAAGUUCUACCGCACCCUAAUCAGCGACGGGGACAUGGCGGAUGUGGUCGAUGCAGAUGAGUACCUGGUCCCCUAUCACGGUUUCUUCAGCAGUCCCAGCACCUCCCGAACUCAGCUUCUCCACUCCAUGAGUCUGAACAGCAGCAUAGGAGCCUGCAACAGGAACGGCAAUGGCAUCCCAAUGAGAGAGAACAGUGUUAUUCUCCGCUACAUCCCUGACCCAACAGAGAGAUUUCUAGAAGCAGAUUUCCAGCCUGCUCCAGAUUACGUGAACCAGAAUGGCGGCUCUGCACUGGCCCCGGUGGGAUCCCCUUAUCAGCGGCCCACGCCCUCUCGCUGCGCCCUCCCAUCCAUGCCGUCUGAUGAGGCGGAGGCAGAGUACCUCAACUGCUUCAAGAACUCGAAUGAGGGGCCCGAGUACCUGAACACGCCCCUGAGCCCCGUCCCCGAGCUCGACUUCAACGGCCCCCGGCACUGCAGCCAGGGGCUCAGCCUCCAGACCAGCCUGGACAACCCUGACUACCAGCAGGAAUUCACCCCCCCAGUCAAGUCCAGGACCAAUGGCCAUCUCCCAGCCACUGAGAACGUGGAGUACUUGGGCUUGGCUGUGCAGGCCGAGGUCCACUAGGGGCUUGCCUUCCUUUUUGGACCCCAGAACAGGAGACACACUGCGUUUUGGAGGGGCACUCUAAACGGCUUGCAUUUGACCCUUGGGGCAGUGGACAGGGCAGUUGCCAUGGCAGUAGUUUAGAUGCCACCUCGAACCAUUGACUUUUGUAUCCCGUUUCUUAGUUUGUAUUUGUAAAACAACCCAAGUCCUGUUCCUUACUCUUUGAUUAAAGUGUCAGAGGUAGUCCCAAAAAGAACUUGGCAAUUUACUUGAUUUCAGGUGUUGGCGAAUGUCCUCCAAUGAACACUUGUGGAUGGCCAGGGUGUGUUUAACCCACUGACUCAAUAUGAAACAGGGACUCAACCCUUUUUCUCCAUUAAUGCCCUAUGGUGUAGACCCGGUUCGUUAAUUUCAGGUAAGACCUUGGUUUCGAUGAUUCUGCAUCAGCCAUCACCCAUAGGCAAAAACGUGGAGCUGUUUUGACAUUAUAGACUUCUUGCCACUGGCUUGGACACCCGAAAAAUGAAAGGAGAGGCUGCCCAGAAAAUGGUUUGAACUUGGAGGUUUGCUGUGGGAGAAUAGCUCUUGCACUUCUAAACCUUGAACUUUGUUGCAGAAUCCUACUCUUAAGUAACCCUGCAGUGACACUGUUUAAGUGAAUGGAGAAAACUGAAGGGAUCCUUCCUCAUUGACAACACACAUACUAGUAUACUAGUAAAGGACUAUAUCAAUGACAUAUCUGGUAUUAUAUCAAAUGGUACAAUGGUAUAUAUAUUGGGAAGCUUCUAUGUGCUGUGAUGCUUAAUGGUUAUGUACAGGGUCACUUGAUUAAUAUUUAUGUUUUUUGUUUGAGGCCAAACAUAUCGGUACAGUUGGGAGUAAUUAGCAUUGGAAUUUUCUGGUUGAUCUGGUUUCUGGUUGAUCCAGAUCCAUCCUUUCCUCCUUAUAAGGGACAUAUCAACCUUGCUUACUUAAAGCAGGAAAGAACUGUUUCUAAGCAGGUGCAAACAGAAUCAAAGCAAAGUUGGAGGAGAAAUGUAUCAUGGGUAUAGUGUAUCAGUAUGACAAAGUAUAUUAUACUGAUGUUUGUAUCUGAAAAAUGUUCCAUUUGUGAAUUCUCUUUUAAUUCUUAAAAAUAUUUUGUCUGCUUUGCCCUUCAAGUGUAACUAGGUGAAUUAGAAAACUUUUUCCAUCUAGUGCACAUUUAGUUUCAAUAAAUAGUAAUUAUGGCUGUUUUGGUGUUAAACUGAAUAAAAUGUUUUUUUUAUUGACA